AUGCCGUACCUCAGAUCCGACUCUGCAUGUGGCUACCAAGCCAGCAUUGUUGACAAUGCAUUUGAGAAACUCGUCCAAGAUCUCAGUGCAGCUCUGGGCCCCAGCUCGGGUCUAGACUCCGAGGACGUAGAUCCUCUCGAUAUUCAGCGGUUAAUGGAGGAGUAUGUCUCCGAUGAGACGGAAUGGAAUGUGUAUGCCAUGGCAGAUCCGAGCAGGAAUUAUACACGGAAUUUGGUUGACGAGGGCAAUGGGAAGAGUAAUUUGCUCAUUCUCGUCUGGUCCCCUGGUAGGGAAAGCGCGAUUCAUGAUCAUGCUAAUGCCCAUUGCGUUAUGAAGAUCCUCAAAGGUUCUCUGAAAGAAACACUCUUCUCAUGGCCCGAAGAGGGCCAAGCGCCCAAUGCCCCCUUACAAAUCACCAGAGAGACCGUCUAUGGCGAGAACCAAGUGACAUAUAUGUCUGAUAAGCUUGGUUUACAUAAAAUAUCAAAUAUGGAUCCCAACAACUUCGCCAUUUCUCUCCACCUCUAUACACCCCCCAACGCCGCAAAUUACGGCUUCUCAAUAUUUGACGAACGAACCGGUAAAUCGAGCCAUAUCAAGCAAUGCGAUUUCUAUUCUCGUGGCGGCGUGAAACUCUAA